AUGUCGCAGCCGCCUGCAGUUGCGAACCUGGACCCCGCGACGGGAGAAACCGGCAACAACGCAUCGCGCCCCCAACCCGCAGAUACAUCGUCAACCCCGGAAUACGGCCGGCCCAGGCGGACUACCGUGCAGAGCAAUGACAUUCAGGACAUUCUGCACCCGGGGAAUGUGAGGAUCAAUGUCCAGGGCGCCUUCAUCGUCGACGAGGAGCAGCCGGGAACACCACAGAGCGAAGACUACGAGCACGAUCCAAAGGACAUCAGGCUGCCGAACCACACAACCAUCGUGAGCCAUGUAGCUGUCGAUAUUGGAGGCUCUCUCGCAAAGCUCGUCUACUUUUCGCGCGAACCCGGUGACGACUCGAUUGGUGGCCGACUCAACUUCCUCAAGUUCGAGACGGACAAUAUAGGCGCCUGCAUCGAGUUCAUGCGCAAGCUGCAGGCCGAUCACAAACAAAACAAUGGUACCAUAUCAGAGGAGCUUUGCGUCAUGGCGACGGGUGGUGGUGCAUUCAAGUACUACGAUAGGAUAACGGAAGCGCUGGGUGUAGAGGUCAUUCGGGAAGACGAGAUGGAGUGCCUCAUUAUAGGGCUCGACUUCUUCAUCAACGAAAUACCGAACGAAGUAUUCACAUACAGCGAAGACAACCCCGUAACUUUUAUGCCGCAUCCACCAAGUCCACCAAACAUCUACCCCUAUCUCCUCGUCAACAUCGGAUCCGGUGUCUCUAUGAUCAAAGUCUCUGGUCCCCGACAGUUUGAGCGUAUUGGCGGUACAUCGUUAGGAGGUGGAACACUCUGGGGUCUUCUGUCACUGCUUACGGGCGCACGAAGCUUUGAAGACAUGCUACGGCUUGCAGAGAAUGGCGAUAAUUCUACCGUCGACUUGCUCGUUGGCGACAUCUACGGACAAGCGUACAACAAGAUUGGCCUGAAGAGCACACAUAUCGCAUCUUCGUUUGGUAAAGUGUACAAGCAGAAGCGCGCAGCAGAGCGCGAUGCAGAGGAUGGCUGCAACGGCGACCUGAAGUUGCGCGAAGAGGCAGAGCACGUCGAGGGAGCAUCGGAAAUACCGCAUGGACCCGGUUCAUUCCGACCAGAAGACAUUUCAAGAUCCCUUCUCUAUGCCGUGUCCAACAACAUUGGCCAGAUCGCAUAUCUACACGCCGAAAAACAUGGUCUACCACGAAUAUACUUCGGGGGCUCAUUUAUCGGCGGGCAUGCACAAACGAUGAACACCUUAUCCUACGCCAUCCGUUUCUGGUCCAAGGGAAAUAAGCAGGCUUACUUCCUCCGCCACGAGGGCUACUUGGGCAGUGUAGGCGCGUUCUUGAAGAGGCAGCCACGGAACUGGGGGAGGAGAGAGAGUUUUGUGGGCUCGAGGGACAGCGUUUGA